AUUUCAAACUGUAAAUGAAUUCAACGUUGUACAAAAGAAGAAGAUUAAGGCAAAAACCUCAUAUCUUGACAAUUGAACAAUCCCGAGAAUUGGGCCAACUGGCAGGAAAUAAAGUGCUUAAACAUGUGACUGACCAAGGACUGAUUCCAUAUAACUUGUUUCGACUACGAAAAAGAAAGUUGGAGAAGAUUUAUAAGUACUUGGAAAACCACCGUUUGAUACAUGAUAAAGCUCCUACUAUUGACUCUUUACAGACACAUCAAUUAGCAGAAUAUCUCCUAAAUAUCAUUUACCCAGGCUAUCCUGCAUGUAAAGCCAAAAAUCAAGCUUACACAGAUUAUCGAGCGUGUCGAGAAAAAGAUUUAGGUCCAAUUCCUUUGGCAUACGACUAUGUGCCCACCACACAAGUAUAUGAACGACUAGAUGAACUCUACCGCAUUGACGUAAAUUGGCAACAAAAUACUGCGCCUUGUAUUGACGUACCAAUACCAUUGUUAAAGAAAUCUAUGGAUCGAAUACGUGCUGGUAAUUUCAAGAAGUCAAAUGAACAUGUGGAGUAUCAUUUAUAUUUCUGGAAUUCCACUCGUACCUUGUUAAAACCACAAUGCAAAUCACUCUUGUUAAAUCAUCAAGAGAUAUGGUCCAAGGAGAAAGAGCAAAUGGUGAAUGAAGGGUUUAUGCAUAUUGACAUUACUGACAAGCUGAAAUACUUUAUCCAACUCACUUCCAGGAAAUCAAUAGCUAUCAAUGAUAGGAUUUCCAAAGAAGCAUUGGUAAAUCAUUGUCAGCCUAGUCCCAACCAUGCACUCAAAAUCACUCCUCAUAAAUCCAUAAAGUUCGAAAUUAAGCUUGCGGAUGACGAUGAAUCCAACAUCAGUCAUAUUUCGAUAUCAGCAGUGACCAAAAGAACCACAGAUGAGCUGGUGAGUGAUUUGUAUCUUCAGGCGACGACAGAAUGUAUAGCCAGAUCAAUUCAAACAAGUUCGUUUCCGCUGGAUACACAACAAAUCGCAGUUCAUUUGUUACGACAAAAAAAUGAAACUAAAUCAUUAAAGUCAGCCGAGCAUCUCUUCAUGACUUGUCUUAGUAACAGUUAUUCGGAUCUUUGUCAUGAGCAAGCAAAAGAGAUAGAACUCAUCGAUCCUAUUUCCUUCGAACGAAUACAGCACCCCAUCCAAAGUAUCCAUUGCAACCAUCACGCUUGUUUCGACGCUGCUGUCUUUUUCGACCAUCAUGCUGACAUUCAACUUUGGCAUUGUCCAAUUUGCUUCGUGCAUAUCAAGAGUACUGAGGAGCUAAGAAUGGAUUAUACUACUAAACUUGCGUUGGAACAGUACGCAGAGGAAGAUAAGCUAUUAGAUACGUCGGAAACUGAAAUUUACACUGAUGAAGAGAAUACACUCUUGAUAGCAACCGAAGGAUUGAAGCGACCCAACACGCUCUGUGACAGAGAGACAAAGAAAAGAUUAUGCCCACUCACGCAUGUCAUGUAA